UUUUCAUAUCUUCCUUAUGAUAAGAUGAGUGAGUCUUAUGUAAAUUGUGUAUAGUCAUUGUAUGUUCCCUAUGCUAUGGGUUGGUAAUUCUUUUUUCUUUCUUUUAUCAAACGACUUGUUUUCUUACUGCUUCACUGAAAACAGAAUGUUCAUUCAUAUGCUUUUGGUUGAUCAUAAAUCUUAUGACCGUAUGUAACAACUUACCCUCAUCCUCAGACCUCGUCUUUCAAGCGAGCUAUUUUAAUAGACAGAGCUUGUUAAAUGUCGUAUUUCACUUUUAAUACACUAAGAAUAAAACAUUUUUAAAAGGUCUAUUUAUAUUGAAUAGGUAAUUUAUUCACUGCGUACCUUGGUACCAUUUGAACCUUCAUACUCUGAUAUCGACCCCUUCAGAUUCUUGACAGAGUUUUAGAGUUUUGAAGGGAAAUCGUUUAUUAAUUCUCUCAAUUCGGUUUUUGUUUUAAUCUCGCAUAUAUUUACUUUCCUUCAUUAGUGUGGGAAUAAUUCAUUUGGCAUACUAAUACAAUGGUCGAUUUAAAUAACUUAAUGGACUACAUGCCCUUGAUUUUGAGGCUUUACUUCCUAGUUUUGUUUGGAUUGUAUAGCUUUACGUUUGCAUUAUGGCUCUUGUAUGCUUAUCGUGUGGAUGUUUUUGCUUUGCUAAACAAUCCUCUUCCAGUCAAUCGUCUAAAUCAACAUCAGGCUCCUCUGUAUAGACUUACUUACAAACUUUCAGUAAUUGGGACUUUUCUAUUCAUUGCUGCUGAAAUUAUCUACAUGUUGACCGAAUCAUCUGAGAUGUCUUACAUCCCUGUUGUUAUAUUUUGUGUCAUUAUCUUCAUGCCUUUGCGUAAAUUGCAAUAUUUCCAGCGAAAGGUGUUUAUGCGGCAAUGUUUACGAAUCUCUACUGGAAAUUACGCCGUGGAAUAUAAAUUCCCGGAUAUCAUUUUUUCCGACUUGCUCACUUCGUAUUCUCGAGUAAUUGCCGACUUAUGGCUCGCCGGUGCUAUUCUUAUUUACACUGUUAGUGAGCCUUCAAGGUCACGAAGAAAAGAGCUAGAAAAUGAGGCGAUCAUGUCCUUGAUUGCAGCUUAUCCUUAUGCUAUACGUUUUCGUCAAUGUCUCAUCGAACGUGCUCAUGCUGAUAAUGAAACAGCCAGAUUCUGGAGUACAAUGAAUGCCAUCAAGUAUUUGACUGCGUUCCCAGCAAUUUUCUUAGGUAUUGUUGGAAAUAAGCGGAUGACUUUUAUGUGGUUCCUUUGGAACGCUUCCUCUGCUAUUAACUCAACCUACUCUUUUUGGUGGGAUGUUUCUCAGGAUUGGAACUUGGAUUUUUUGAAAGAUCCAUUGAACAACAAGAGCUGGAAGUUUCAGACUCGUCGUCCCUUCCCUGUCGCUGUAUACAUCUUUUUUAGUGCCCUUGAUUUCGUCUUACGUAUGUCUUGGGUUGUAAGAGUUCUUUCCGAAAAACACACCAGCCUUUUUGCGACUGAUUUUGGUAUUUUUUUGAUGCAGUUUCUAGAAGUAUUUCGAAGGUGUAUCUGGGUUUUCUUUCGGAUUGAAGCUGAAGCUUCAAAGACCAUGGCUUAUUUGACUGUACAGGGUGCUAAUGACGACGUUCUUUCUCAUCCCGAGUAACGCUUAUGGUUUGAAUCAUUCUUCACAAAUAAUGUUUCACAUGUUGGUGAAUGACGGUUGCGGUUGUGGUUGUGGUUAAAAAAUAUUUUUUUCGUUCACUUUUGGACAUUCUUAGGAAUAUGCUUUCACAUUCUUUUAUUUUCCUUGUGUUUACAUGUAAAUAUUCCUCUAACGGAAAUUUAUACAAUUUCCACUCUAAUGAACUUAAAUAUUAUUAAU